AUGCAUUUCUACGCUCUUAUCCCCGCUUUCAUCGCCACCGCUUCUGCUCACGGAGUAGUCGUCUCAGUUGAGGGUGCCAACGGUGUCUCCAUGCCUGGUCUCACCAUCGCUGAUGGCACUCCUCGUGACUGCUCCAGCAACGGCUGCGGUUCCCAGGCCGACACCGCCAUUAUUCGUGACCGCGAGCUCGGAACCGACCGCGCCAGCGCCCUCGGCAGGACCCAGGGUAACGGCCCCGUUGACGCCUCCGUCAUGAUCGCCAACUUCAUGGGCGGUGCCGGUGCCAACAACGUUCCCACAAACAAUGGCUCUGACGCCAGUGUCGGUGUUGAGGAUGACAUUUCUGGCCUUCAGGGUGGCCGCAACAACAACAACAACAAGCAGAAGCGUCAGCGAGGUGGUCUCCUCGGUGGCCUUCUCGGUGGUCUUGGUGGUGGUCUUGGUGGUGGUCUUGGAGGCGGUGCUGGUGGUGAGAAGGCCGACAAGCCUAACGAGGCUAGUGUUGCUGCUACCGCUGGUGAUGGAGCUACCAAUGGUCUUCCCACCUGUUCCAACAACGGUGAAAUCACCAUGACCUACCGCCAAAUCAACCAAGACGGUGCCGGUCCCAUGACAGCUGACAUCGACGCCACAUCCGGCGGCACCGACCCCGCCGCCUUCCAGUCCGCCGAAGUCGUCCAAGAUGUUCCCGGUGUUGGCUUCGGUGGUCUCUCUCUCGCUACCAACACUGACUUCCCUCUCACUGUCAAGAUGCCUCAGGGUAUGACUUGCGAGGGAUCUGUUGGUGGAGCUGACAAUGUUUGCAUCGUCCGUGUUCGCAACAGUGCCGCUGCUGGACCUUUCGGUGGUUCUGGUGCCUUCACUCAGUCUGCUUCUGCUCGCAAGCGUGCUAUUGCUUUCCGCCUUAAGAAGCGCAUGGAGAUCUACCGCCACUAA